GUUUUAAUGUGGAGUGUUGUCGAUUUGCCAGCGUUUCGUUCGAGCAUAUUUCAUGGAUUUACACAAGACUUGUCUUCAUAACUCUGCAAUAUGAUGUGUCUUAUGAGAUAUUCAAUGCUCCCAGCUCGCCACUGGCAGGAGGGUGCUUGGAUCUGCGGCUGAGGUGGCUCAGUAACGGCAGAAGUGGCUGCUGGAAUGUUUCGACAGGGCAGCAACAGUGGGAAUAAGUGCUUGACAAGCGGUGCUCGUCUGUCCCACCCCAACGUUGUGCCUUUGGCUGUCGGCUCUAACAAAACACAAGAUAUGGGCCGGUGCUCUAAGACGAACCCCCUUAGCGCUAUGGGCCUGGACCAUGCCAUCACCCCACCCGGAGGAGACCCUGACUACAUCAUGCAGUUGGUCAAUGAUGUGCGCAAGUUUUCUGACGUGCUGCUGAGCCUUGAGGAGGCUUUUCAGUCCAGAGAAAAUCAAGAGUGCUUGCAGCACGUGGUCGACGAGCGACUCGACGAGCUGGUCCGCAUGUUGAAGGCCGUCAUCGGCAAGCACCAGGCGCUGAACUCUGCAGAAAUUCUCGGUGCUGCAGGCACAGUUAUUGCCAAAGUCAAAGGCUUGAACAUCAAAGAAGUCAAUAAAGACAACAAAGAUACAAUUUUUGGCGAGAUAUACACAACCAUUGACAAUUUGGCAUUCACGUUUGGCAAUGUAGUGUCUGACUUCCUUAUGGGAGAUGUGGACAGCGGCUGCAGGUUGGGGUUUCCCCAGACCAGAAGUCGUUCUUUUGAAAACCUCUCUGAUGAUUUGGGGGGAUGUCAUCAAGAGAGAAAUUAUCUGGCAGAUCCUGCUUUGUCCUCUCCAGAAUUGUCCCCUGUGGAACAGGUGGACCUGCUUCUGCUGAGAAAUGACCGAGGAGUAGAGUCGGCUUUACUCUUUGCUAAGGCCUGGUCCAAAUACACCAAAGAUGUUCUAGCCUGGGUAGAGAAACGCCUCAGCCUGGACAUGGAAUGUGCCAAAAGCUUUGCCAAGAUGGCAGAAUCCGCAAAGACAGUUGCAAGUCAACAGGACUACAUGCCCUUUCAGGAUAUUUAUGUCUCUGCCUUCAAAAAUGAGAUUGAGUACAAUCAGGUUCUGCUGCAAACAGCUGCGGCUCUACAAACUAACAAAUUCAUUCAGCCACUGCUGGCCCGCAAAAACGACCUGGACAAGCAGAGGAAAGAGAUUAAAGAACAAUGGCAAAGAGAGCUGAAGAAAAUGACCGAGGCUGAGAACGCUGUGAAGAAGGCCCGUCUGCUGAAGGUGCAGAAGAGGGAGGAGUACGAGAAAGCCCGCAGCUCCACCAGCCGCACUGAGGAGGAGCAGCCGGCCACAGGAGGCAGAACUCUGGAGAAGAAACGAAGGGUGGAGGAAGAGGCCCUACAGAGGGCAGAGGAAGCACAAGAGCAGUGUAAAGCCAGUGUGGCUGAUCUCGAGGCAAGAAAGGUCGGCCUCUCCAACGCCAAGAGUGAGAUUCUCGCUCAGAUCCGGAAGCUGGUCUUCCAAUGUGAUCUGACCCUUAAAGCGGUGACGGUGAACUGGUUCCAGAUGCAGCAGGCUCAAACUGUGCCUCUGCCGGUUAACUAUCAAGCUCUGUGCGAACAAGCCAAAAAGUACGAGCCGGGCCAGCGUUAUUCUGAGUUCGUGUGCAGUCUGCCCAAAGAGCGUGUGUGGCUGGAGUCUCUGUCUCAGGACAUCACCGCUCCCUCCAAAACUGGAAUGUCCCUUCAUAAGAGGUCUGUGAGCAACACCCACUCUUCCCACGGGAACCUGUCACAGGGCUCAGUCACUUCUGGAGAUAAUCACAGCGCUGAUGAGAUUGAGGGGACCGCACCGCCCUCCAAGACCAAGAUCGGAGAGAGACGCUCCAAUAGCAGUGUAGACAUAGCGGUAAGGACGCAGGGCUCUCAGCGGGUCUGGAGCUCAAGCAGUGCUGGUGGAGGAGGGAUGUGCAGUGACUCAGAAAGCGCUGGAGGAAGCAGUGAGUCUCGCUCAAUGGACUCUCCCACUGCCAGUCCAGGGGAUUUCAAACGCAGGCUUCCCAGAACUCCCUCAACUGGUACCAUGUCUUCUGCGGAUGACCUGGAUGAGAGAGAACCACCUUCCCCAUUAGAUAAUGGACAUGCUGAGAUUGUGAUGGUAACAGCCAGUUCUCCUGGACCUUUCCGAAACGCUCAGAUGUCAAAAGCCGCUCACACCCACAAGUUGAGGAAACUGCGUGCACCCUCCAAAUGCAGAGAGUGUGACGGCCUGGUGGUGUUUCACGGGGCUGAAUGCGAGGAGUGUUCCUUGGCCUGUCAUAAGAAAUGCCUGGAGACUCUCGCUAUUCAGUGUGGUCAUAAAAAGCUCCAGGGCAGACUGCACCUGUUUGGGAUUGACUUCGCUCAGGUAGCUAAGAACAGUCCUGACGGCAUACCUUUCAUCAUCAAAAAAUGCACCUCGGAAAUCGAGAGUCGUGCCCUGAAUGUUAAGGGCAUUUAUCGUGUGAAUGGGGCAAAGUCUCGUGUGGAAAAGCUGUGCCAGGCCUUCGAGAACGGAAAGGAUUUGGUGGAGCUUUCUGAUCUACACCCGCAUGACAUAAGCAACGUGCUCAAGCUUUACCUGAGACAGUUGCCAGAACCGUUGAUUCUGUAUCGGUAUUAUAAUGAUGUCAUCGGGCUGGCGAAAGAGACUCAAAACGUCUUGGCGGAUGAGCCUGGUUCAGCUAAAAGUAAAUCAUCAGGAGAGCAGCAGUGCCUCAGCAUUGAGCUCAAAAGAGUCGUCUCUAAAAUCAGAGAUGUCCUUCGCCAGCUUCCCGCAGCCCACUACAGAACCUUGCAGUUUCUAAUCGCCCACCUGCACAGAGUAUCCGAGCAAGCCGAGGAGAACAAGAUGACAGCUAGUAACCUCGGUAUCAUUUUUGGUCCCACACUUAUAAAGCCCAGACAGCUAGAGGCAGAAGUGUCCCUGUCCUCUCUGGUUGACUACCCCCAUCAGGCCCGCAUGGUAGAACUGCUCAUCAGUCAUCAACAGAUGAUCUUUGAUGUUCCCCUCAGCCCCAUGUCUCCCACCAACCCAACGGCCCCACAUGUUUCUAUUGACAAAGAACCAAAACUCAGUCGCCACUCACGUUCUCUCAUGGAUAUCAAAGAGAGCGCUAAAGUCUACAAGAGACACUCAUCUGUCAUUACCUCACAGUUGUUGGCGGAAGUGAAGGAAAUGAAGACGGGGGCCGAUAGAGCACAGACGUCUGCAGGUGUCGGUUCAGACAUCAAUGGGGUUGGUCCAGUGGAGGCACAGAAGACCACAUCUGUCUUUGGCCGACCCAGUGCCAGCACCCCAGUGGUGCAGAUGCGCCCCCCGAGGUCUAAGCAGGUGUCCCGACCCAUCAGCAUGCCCGUUGACCGACUGCUUAAUGAGCGUAACAGCCGCAACACCGCUGAGCAAGAACAUCCUCCCGCUGCCAUUCAGGAGACCACCGAACCAGAAAAGCCUUCAACACCACGACUCUCCAGCUAUUACAGGAACCCCUUCAUAGACACCCAGAUGCUAAGAAGGACCUGGGACAAACAAUACAGGCAUUACAAUGUGACGCCCAGAACUGCAAUGAUUGUGGCCAACCUUCCGUCGUCUGAUGUGACUGACUCAGUAAAGUCAUCCGCUGAGACUGUUUCGGGAACACUGGGCAGCGUCAGUGUGACACCCAACAGCAGUCCUUAUAUAACUGGUGCUGGCCAGUCCAGCACAGCUCCAAUAUCUUUCAGAGCACCACGGACAUUAAAACCCCCUCCUGGAACUUUCUAUAAACCGGGAAGCCAAUUCAGGUCGUUCGACUCGGUGGCGAAAACUGAUUUGACUGCAUCGACCAAUACCGCAGGAGUAAUAUAUACAACAGCCAUUACUAUAGUAACAACAGCGGUCACCGCAACUGUAGCGACGAUUGCCACAACGGUGGCCACGCCCCCUACCACACCUACAUCAUUGAUCACCCCAGCUACAACAGCGGCCAAGCCGAGCGUUACGACACUGACGAUGUCAGUAGGUUCUGUAUCUGGAGGAGCGGAGGAAGGACUGUCAGAAAGUGAAUCGCUAAGCCCCACCACGCACUCUCCCCCUCAGUCCCCAGGCUCCAGCGCAGAAGAGCUCAGUCCCACGGAGGCCAAACCCCUCUAUCAGAGACGCAGCCGCCGUGUGCAGGAGAUGGAGCUUAGAGAGGCUCACUUUGUUUAAAUCAGAGCUGGACAUAUCUCUUAGCUGGCCUAUUGGCCUGUGGGUCACUCUUUGUCAUGCUUGGUACAAUAUAGCAUGCUUAUUAAAUGACUGAAUUGAGACUUUUUAUGGUCAUUUGGUCAUUUUAAUAGCAUUAUCAAGACUAGCGGACCUAUCAAUGCCUUAUUUUAUAAUAUGUAUGUAUUUGUAUGUAAACUGUCUUUGUUGUGCCAUGCUGUAUAUACUGUAUGUAAUUGUUUUUUAUCCCUUUGAGAAAGGGCAAAAUAUUAAGAGAGAGAUGAAAUGCACGCAAAACGUCUCGGUGGUUUUCUGGAUAAAUAGCAGUUGUCCGUUGUCCUGUUAAAGUGAUAGUUCACCCAAAAAUGUAAAUUCUGUCAUUUACUCACCCUCUUGUCAUUUUAAACCUGUAUGACUUUCAUUCUUCUGCAGACCACAAAAGAAGAUAGUUUCAAGGAAGUUGGCAACAUUCUUCGAAAUUUCUUCUUUUGUGUUCUGCAGGAGAACGAAAGUCAAACAGGUUUGGAAUUACAUGAGGGUGAGUAAAUGAUGACAGAAUUUCUAUUUUUGGGUGAACUAUCCCUUUAAGCUACUGUUUGAGCCAGCAAAAGCAGCAGAGGUCCAAAACAUUUGUGACAUUCACCUGUUUUGUGAUUUGUUUGGGGUAUUAUGGCCAUUACUUUUGUCCUUUUUCACUGUGAUAACAUUUUAUUUUGAACCAUUCAGAGGGUAUCAAUAGAGACAAUACUAUAUCAGAAAAUAAAAAGUUAUAUUAAUGUGUUAUUCAGAAAGUUUCACGUGAAAUAUUGUUUGUAUGAUAUGAAAUAUGUAUAGUAUUGUCUGUAAUGUCAUGCUAUCAUGCUUAUUGUGAUGUACUUGCGAAGCCUAAAAGUCAAAAUUGUGACCUGAAUUUUUAACAUACUGUACUUUUAAUGCUACACCACUGCUGAUGUAAUACAGUUGCUGCCAGGUAUUUUAUCUGUUGUGUAGUUUGGUUCCUGGAAACACAGUGCUGCUCAUGCAUGUUUUAGGCGGAGCAAGUGCACCUUCUUCUGUUUUCUAAGCAUUUGUUUACAUUUUCUACACCAGCUGCCAUACACAUCUGUCUACACAAACAAUUCCUGAAAACAUGCAACAUGUUUGCAAAUUAAAUAUUUAGUUACAACUGUUA